UGUCGCUGCGAUGUUGGGACCUGGUCGCCUCGCAGCCGUGCCUCACGUCGUCGUCGCGUGCCUCGCGCUGUGCGCCGCCCACAAGCUGCGCGCCUCGUGCCCCGACAUGGUGACGCGCGCUGAGUGGGGCGCCCGCAAUCCGCAGGGAGCAGUGGAGCCACUGGCCGUCUCGCCGGCGCCCUUCGUCGUCAUCCACCACGGGGGCACGCGCACCUACUGCACCACCCAGGCGGAGUGCUCGCGCGUCACCCGGGGCUACCAGAACUACCACAUGGACACGCAGGGCUGGGCGGACAUCGGCUACAACUUCCUGGUGGGCGAGGACGGCCGCGUGUACGAGGCCCGCGGCUGGGACCGCACCGGGGCGCACGCCCCGCCCUUCAACAACCAGAGCGUCGGCAUCUGCGUCAUCGGCGACUUCUCGGACCGGCUGCCGAACGAGGCGGCGAUGCGCGCGCUGCAGCAGCUGGUCUGGUGCGGCGUGCAGAAGGGCGAGCUGAGCGCGCAGUACGGCCUGCUGGGGCACCGCCAGGCGCGCCCCACGCUGUGUCCCGGGGACGCCUUAUACCGCGCCGUGGCCGCCAUGCCGCGCUGGGUCGCCCUGCCGCGGCCCCAGCUCGCCGCCGCCUCCACGACUACCUCCCCCGCCGUCAACUCCGUCUGAACACUCCUGGGCGAGGGCGCACGUUCCUCCGCAGCCGCCUUCUUCAAUUCGAAAAUAACAUAACCUAAAAAAUAACGUCGUGCAGCAAAGUUGUGAAUUCAAAAUGGCCGACGAAAACAAAAUGGUCCACAUGAACAAAAUGGCCGUUGAACACAGAGAUCAGAGAAAGUUACAGACGGAGCAUAAGCUUUGAACACUGUGUGCCAGUUUGUUCACGUAAGAAGAUGGCGGACAUUUGUAUAUUUAAUAAGUAUAUAGAAAUGUGGUUUGCUACAUACUCUUUGUACACAAUCAUUUUUCUCGAGUCAACAGUCUUUAUUUGUUUAAUAGUCAUGCACUUUUCCACCACCAUACAUACAUUGCGAUUUUCUUCAUGUCACGAUAUGGCGGCGACCUGCUUCCCCCUUACGUCCCCUGGCUUCAGCAGAGAUACAUACAAACUAUGUUUAUCCUCCAUCUGUAACUUUCUCUAAUCUCUGGUUGAACACAAAAUGAUGGUAUCAUAGUGAUGUGUGCAGGGGACAGCCACGUCUGCAUGAUUGCAUGAUAAGUGCGUGAAUCAGUUUUUUGUUUCCUUUCAGUAAAUUAUUGCGCGAUUAUUGGUCAGACGCCCGGAAAAUUGGCUGAAGUGUAGUGUAACCAUUGUGUGAACAGUUAAAAAAAAAUCGGAGAUUAUAAUAAUUACUUACUAAUCAUCAUUUUUUUGGGCGGAACAUCAUGGCGAUGGUGAGGUUAGAAAGUGACUUCAACUACGUCCCAGCAUCCCGUCUACUGACAAUUCCUAACGCCAUAUAUUGUAUAUACUCCAACUUGGGAUAGUAGAUCUGUAAAAGUCUUGAUUCUGGAAAUAAAAAAAACUAGUAGUUGAUGGAAAGCUA